AUGUAUCCCAGGAUUAAAAGCCUGGCGCUUUACACCUUCUCAAUCACGCUGCUGGCCUGCGUGUUUUACAUGAAGAAGGAGGCGAAGUUGGCAGCAUCAUCAGCAGAGCAGAAAGUGGAUGUGGUGGAUCACAGACUGCAGCGUUCUGUUCUGGACAGCGCUGAGCACAGCAAGUGUUUGCCGAACUUGACCUUUGCCAAUUCUUCUCUCACCCUCCCAGAGCCUCACCGAGUCUUCCUAACCUACAAGCACUGCAGGAACUUCUCGGUCCUGCUGAGACCUUCCAGGUGUAGCAAAGAGAUGUUCCUCCUGCUGGCCAUCAAGUCUUCCCCCAUCAACGUGGACCGGCGCGUGGCCAUCAGGAACACAUGGGGGAAGGAGGUGUCCAUUGGGGGCAGGCACAUCAGGCUGGUGUUCCUCCUAGGGCGCUCCGAGGCCAAAAUCCAGCUGCAGCCCCUGCACCAGCUGCUGGCUUACGAGAGCCAGCAGUUCGAUGACAUCUUGCAGUGGGAUUUUGUUGAUGACUUCUUCAACCUGACCCUCAAGGAGCUGCAUUUCCUCCGCUGGUUCACGGAGGAUUGCCAGCACGCCAGGUUCGUGCUGAAGGGCGACGAUGAUGUGUUUGUCAACACUUACAACAUCGUGGAGUUCCUCCAGGAGCUGGACCCUGAACAGGAUCUCUUUGUUGGGGACGUGAUCGCCAAUGCCCGGCCCAUCAGGAACACCAAGGUCAAAUACUUCAUUCCAGAGCCCAUGUAUGGGGCCACCUUCUAUCCCCUCUAUGCAGGAGGAGGGGGAUAUGUGAUGUCUAGAGAGACAGUGCGUCGCCUCCAGAGCACCGCAGAGGACAUGGAGCUCUUCCCCAUAGAUGAUGUGUUUGUGGGAAUGUGUCUGGCAAAGAUGUCAGUGACCCCAAAGAACCAUGCUGGCUUUAAGACUUUUGGGAUCCAGAGACCUUUCAACCCUUUUGAUCCAUGCUUGUACAAAGAGCUGAUGGUUGUGCACAGACUGAACCCAACGGAGAUGUGGAUCAUGUGGACGCUGGUGAAGGAUGACAGCAUUAGGUGUGCGGUGUCAGUGACACACAGCUACAGCAGGGGCUGGAAAAGGAGCUACUGA